AUGGCUCCGAAAGCUAGGAAGACCGCCACUACCGCCGAUGGUGCCGCUACCUUGGGACCCCAGGCCCUCCGUGAGGGAGAGCUUGUCUUCGGUGUCUGCCACGUUUACGCUUCCUUCAACGACACCUUCGUCCACGUUACCGAUCUCUCCGGCCGUGAGACCAUUGUCCGUGUCACUGGUGGAAUGAAGGUCAAGGCUGACCGUGACGAGUCCUCCCCCUACGCUGCCAUGUUGGCUGCUCAGGACGUUGCUCAGCGCUGCAAGGAGAUCGGUAUCACCGCUCUCCACGUCAAGAUCCGUGCCACUGGUGGUACCGGAACCAAGACCCCUGGUCCUGGUGCCCAGUCCGCCCUCCGUGCCUUGGCCCGUGCUGGUAUGCGCAUUGGUCGCAUUGAGGACGUUACCCCCGUCCCCACCGACUCUACCCGUCGCAAGGGUGGUCGUCGUGGUCGUCGUCUCUAG